AUGAAACCAAAGUUACUAAUUUUAAUUGUAAUUUUGAUCCACUUUGUUUAUGGCCAAUACGGUAAGUGUACCAACUGUACCAGCAAUCUUUUAGAUGGCGCUUUAGGUCCUAGAAAACCAGAAGGGACAAGAUACGCAGAUCAGCUUACAAAAAAUAAUGUAAAUCUGACUCCAACAACACCAAAGACACCGAUUCCAUACGGUCGAUUUGAUCCAGAGCCUACUGUAAGUAAAGCAACUCCAUAAAAAUGUUAAUCUUACAGAGAAGUACCAUUUUGUCGGCCAGAAACGACCCUCCCCUAGGAACACCAAAUUUGGCUUACAAUCGCGACAGAAAUCAUCCUUUCUAUGAACGUAACAAACUCUUUGACCGAGCCAACAACCAGUAAGUUAUAUUACGAUAACAAUAUAAUUUGAACCUAGACAUACGCAACAACAACCUCAAUAUCCACCAACUCUAAAUCAAAAUCAACAAACCCAGUAUCAGCGAAUACAAUAUCAGAAUCAAGCCCAAGGAUAUCAGAAUCAAAUACACCAGACUCACAAUCCAGUAACACAAUUUCAAAAUCCAGUGCAACAAGUUCACAGUACAGUUCCAGAAAACCAUGGUAUCAACGUCCAAGUAGGCUCGAGCCAAACACAAAUGGCCAUCGGAAGAUUCUCAACCAACACUGACAGAUUCGCCACAUCAGACAAUGUAAGAUACUGUAACAAUCAUACGGUACACGUUUUCAGGGCCAAAACAGAAUAGUACUGCCAAUUGACAUGUCCAAUGCCUCCCUAGACACCUUAGUAAAGAAGACCCAAACCAGCCAAGUAACAACACAACAGCAACCUGAACCCAUGGAAGCCAACAGUCGACUUCUUGUUAACCCUCAACAACCUGUCAGCAAAACCCCUGACUUUAUAAACAACUUCCAGAGUAAGUGCCCACCUAUCAUUCAUAGUAUAAUAUUCAGAUCCCACACCAACAACCACCCCCUACCCAGCGUACCCAGAUCAUAGAGAAGGUUUAUUCCCUAAACUGGCAAACUUCUGGCACGAAGACCAAAGACCGGCUUCUGGAGAUCGCCUCGGACCUCAAGGAAGGUUCGGUGGAGGUACCAACGAGUACCGUGAAGACAUUCGUGGAGCCAUCAACGACAGGAGAAUGCCCUGGGAAAAGAACCCAAGUUCCGACCUCAGAAAUGACCAGAAACCAUUCGAACCACUAAACAAGUACAACAAGAAUGUAGCCAUCGAAACUAUAAACUACCCCAACCCAGUAGCCCCAGAAUCUACCGUGCCAAAGUACGGAGACAACAAAAUCUUCACGGAUCCAUUUUCUACACUGUCCAAAAACAGGCACGGCAAGGAGUACCCAGAAUUCACAACUAGAACUCCAGAAGUGCCAGUGAAGAGUUCAUACAUUGGUGGUAAGUAACGUAACACGAUAUGUAUUAUAUGAUCAUUUGUCCAGUUCCACUGUAUCCCGAGUAUGGAAUCGGUCAUUCAGGAGUGCAAGGGUCAGGCCCAGCUGUAGGUCUAGUUAACUCAGGAAUAGUACGACCAAGAGAAGACGAGAAGAUUCAGAUUCCACUAAAUGUACCUCAGACGCCACCUACAACUUCAAAUGACAGAACCUACUACGGUCCAGAAGAGAUCACCCGAAGCAGAUACAGAAACAUGGACCAAUCAGAUGACCUUAUCGUCAACAGACAUCGCCAUGUUAAACUAGACCUUUUGAACGAAUAA